GUCCUGUAUGUAUUUAUCGGCCUAAGCAAAGAUUAUGUAAGGGUUGAGUGAAAGACAUUCUGUGAGAGGUGGACAGUGCUGCUCUGUUGCUGCGGUACAGUCCCACUGCUGAUAGGGGUUUUGAGGAGAUUUUUUUUUAAAGAUGCAGUCUUGAGCCCAUCCCAGCUCAUCUCAGCCUGAUAUACAUUUCAAAAGUGUGUAAAUUAAUGGAGUAAAUCAAUGGGUGAAUAAGAAAGAAGUGCAUUGCAAGGAUAAACUAAUGGGAAAUUAACUCUGUUUUUUUGUUUGUUUUUAGGAAACAAAUCCAUUAUAUCCCAAAGACAAGUCGAAUAGCUGGGGAAAAUAACUUAAUUUAGGCUUUAUAUUAUUAGUAUAGAUCAUUAAUUUGUAUGAAUAAACUGGGCACAUCAACCCAGUAUAAAAUGUUAAUCUCAUUAGUUUUUCUCAUUCUAAAUGUGUCUUUUCUUCAAGGCACACUUAGCGAGAAUAAAAAUGACACUAUCAAAACCAUAGACCAUACCUUUAGUCAUCAUAUUCCCGUACAAGUAACUACACCAUUAAGCACAAAAGUAAAAAAACAAACUCAUGCUGCUUCUUCAAAAAUGAGCAACAGCAAUCAGACUCUUCCAUUCACUCCGAAGCCUGUUGUAGAUGAUAUCCAGAAAUCUGUCCCUCUUUUUCAAGACACACUUAGUGCCAAGGACAAUUCUACUUCGGAAUCAAGAUUGAAUGCACAUAAUGUGCAUAAACCCUUAACCAGAUUAUCAAACACCAAAAUCAGAAACCAAACUCAAUCUACUUCAUCAAUAAGUAGCAGCAUCAGUCAGACUCUCCCAUCCUCUACAGAGCCUGCUGUAGAUGGUGUUCAGAAACCUGUGCUUGCUUUAAGAGGCAAACUUAAUGAGAAAAAACAUUCUACUGUGCAGUCAACAGCACACCUAGGUAGUCUUGACAUUCCAAAGCUGGUGACAACAAAGCUAAUUAACAAAAUGAAAAACCAGACUCGUCCUACUUUGGCAAAACCGAGCAGUGUUAACCAGACUCUUCCAUCAGUUAAAAAGAUUGUUGCAGAUCAAAGUACAAUUACUGAGAAAAAAAAUUCCACUGCAAAUUUACCUACCCAAAUUAUUUCUGUGCCAAAGACUGACAAGAAAACCAAAAACCAUACUCAGUCCACUUUCUCAAUAACUAGCAACAUCAAUCAACAUCAAGACAUUGUUGAGAAGCAUCCACCUUCUUUGCAGGACCCACAUAGUCAAAAGAAAAACUCUACGAUGAAGUCUCCAACCCAAACUAUUAAAGUUGUGACUACUUCAUUAAAUAGCAAAAAAAAGGACCAAACUCAAUCUACUUCCUUGACAUAUAGCAAAGUGAACCAAUCUCUCUCGUCCUCUACAAAGCCUAAUAUUCAUACUAGCCAAAAGCCAAUGCAAGGUGUUCAAAACAAAAUUAGUGAGAAGACAAAUUCUACUAAUAAGUCAACAGUCAGUAAUGUUAAUGUUCAGAAACCAGCUACUAAAUUAAACACCAAACUGAAAGUACAAACUCAAUAUACUUCUUCAACAAAAACACAGGUAAAUCAGAUUCUCACAACCUCUACAAGACCUGAGGUGGACUCCAUACAGAAUCCUGUCCAAAGUGUACAAAACACAAUUAGUGGAAAGAAAAAUUCCACUACUAAGUCAACUGUCAACACUAUUAAUGUUCAGAAACCAGUAACUUCUUUGUUGAAGACCAAACUAAAAGAACAAACUCAAUCCUCUUCUUCAACAAGUCAAUUAAAUCAGACUCUCACAACCUCUCAAAAGCCUGGGGUGGACUCCAUACACAAACCUGUCCAAAGUCUACAAAUCACAUUUGGUGGCAAGACAAAUUCUACCACUAAGUCAAUAGUCAACAUUGUUGAUGUUCAGAAACCAGCUACUAAAUUAAACACCAAAAUGAAAGUACAAACUCAAUCUACGUCUUUAACAACAACACAGGUAAAUCUGACUCUCCCAUCAUCUACAAUGCCUGAGGUGGACUCCGUACAAAAACCUGUCCAAAGUGUACAAAACACAAUUAGUGGCAAGAAAAAUUCUACUACUAAGUCAACAGUUAACACUAGUAAUGUUCAGAAACCAGUAACUUCUUUAUUGAAGACAAAACUGAAAGAACAAACUCAAUCUACUCCUUCAACAAGUCAAGUAAAACAGACUCUCACAACCUCUUCAAAGCCUGAGGUGGACACCACACAGAAACCUGUCCAAAGUGUACAAAACACAAUUGGUGACAAGAAAAAUUCUACCACUGAGUCUAUAGUCAACACUAUUAAUGUUCAAAAUCCAGCUACUAGAUUAAACACCAAACUUAAAGACCAAACUCAAUCUACUUCUUCAACAACUAGCAAAGUAAAUCACACUCUUCCCUCAUCUACAAUGCCUGAUGUGGACACUGUCAAGAAACCUAUCCAAAGUCUACAAAACAAAAUUGGUGACAAGAAAAAUUCUACUACUAAGUCAACAGUCAACACUAUUAACAUUCAGAAACCAGUAACUUCUUUAUUGAAGACCAAACUCAAAGAACAAACUCAAUCUACUCCUUCAACAAGUCAAGUAAAUCAGACACUUACAACCUCUACAAAGCCUGAGGUGAACUCCAUACAGAAUCCUGUUCAAAGUGUACAAAACACAGUUAGUGACAAGAAUAAUUCCACAACUAAGUCAACUGUCAACACUAUUAAAGUUCAGAAACCAGUAACUUCUUUAUUGAAGACAAAACUUAAAGAAAAAACUCAAUCUACUCCCUCAACAAGUCAAGUAAAUCAGACCCAUACGACUUCCACAAAGCCUGAGGUGGAAUCCAUACAGAAUCCUGUCCAAAGUGUACAAGACACAAUUAGUGGCAAGAAAAAUUCUACUACUAAAUCAACAGUCAACACUAUUAACGUUCAGAAACCAGUAACUUCUUUAUUGAAGACAAAACUCAAAGAACAAACCCAAUCUACUCCUUCAACAAGUCAAGUAAAUCAGACUCUUACAUCCUCUAUAAAGCCUGAGGUGGAUUCCAUACAGAAACCUGUCCAAAGUGCAAAAAACACAAUUGGUGACCAGACAAAUUCUACCACUAAGUCAACAGUCAACAUUAUUAAUGUUAAGAAGCCAGUAACUACAUUAUUGAAAAACAAACAGAAAGAAAGAACUCAAUCUAUUUCUUCAACAACAAGUCAAGUAAAUCAGACUCUCCCAGCCUCUACAAAGUCUGAUGUGGACUCCAUACAGAAGCCUGUCCAAAGUGUGCAAACCACAAUCAAUGACAAGAAAAAUUCUACUACUAAGUCAACAGACAAUCAUAUUAUUGUUCAGAAACCAGUAGGUACAUUACUAAAAAACAAAAUGAGAAUCCAAGCUCUCUCUAAUUCUACAAAAAACAGCAUUAUAGAUCAAACUUCUCUUUCUGCUAAGCCUGCUGUAGAUGUUGUGCAAAAAUCUGUGUCUCCUUCUCCAACUACAUUUGGUGAGAAGAGAAACACUACUACCAAGUUAGUGAGCCACAAUAUUAAUGUUAAUGCUUCAAAGCCUGAAAACACUAAGGUUCAAACUCAGUCAGUUUCUUCAAAACCUACUCACAUUAAUCAGACUCUCUUAUCCACACCAAAGCCUGCUGUAGAUGUUAAGACACCUGGGUCUGCUCUACAAGACAUAUCUGGUACAAAGAAAAAUUCCACAUCCAAGUUAACAGCUCAAACUAUUAGGAAUAAUGUUCCAACACUAACUACAUUGUUAAAUAUUAAACUGAAAAACCAGACUCAUCCUUCUUUUUCAACGAUAAGCCAUGUCAAUCAGACUGUCCCAUUCAGCACAAAAUUUGUGGAUGAAGUCACACAUAGAAUGAAGAAAAAUUCUACUGUCAAGGCAAGGUUACAAACAAUUAAUAUCAAUGCAUCAAAGCCAGUAACUACAUCAUUACACACUAAAACGAAAAACCAAACUCAAUCAACAUCAUUAAAAAUAAGCAAAGCCAAUCAGACAUCCCCAUCUACCACUAAGCCUGUUGAGGGUGAAAUCAGCCUUGGCAAGAAAAAAAAUUUUACUGUCAAGUCAGCUUCUCAAUCUAUUGAUGUUCAUGCAUCAAAGCCAAUAACUACACCACCAAACACCAAAACGAAAAACCAAACUAAGCCUAGUUCAUCAAAAAAUAACAACAAUGAUCAAGCUGUCACAUCCACAAGCCCUGUGAUGGAUGGCACACAAAAUCUAGAUAUAGACAAACUUGCAGAGAGUUCACCAAUUAAAAUAGUUAUAACCGAGGGUUGUGUUCAGCGGAAGUCUCAGGGAGAUGUAGGUAACAUAACUAAAAUACGAGAAACAGAACUAAGUUUGAAUCCUGGAUCUCCUCUGGUUAUGACUCAUCGAAUCAACCUGGUACAAGGAACAUGCAAUGGAGGUUGUGAGACGGACAUGGCUGCACUGAGGGAAAGAAUUGAGCUUCUUGAAAAGGAGAUGUCAGCUAUUAAACAAAUGUGUGUUCCGUGCUCAGGAGAGCAGUGCCCUAAAAACUGUAGUGGCCAGGGCAAGUGUGAAGAAGGAAAGUGUGUUUGUUUCCAGGGCUUCAGUGGUCCAGACUGCAGUAGUAAAGCAUGCCCCUCUAACUGCAACAAAAAAGGGAAGUGUGUGAAGGGAAAGUGUGUGUGCCAGACUGGUUUUACAGGCAUAGGCUGCAGUAAAGCUAUAGACGAGAGGAUCACAGUAACUGUUGAAACUGUGACUAUGAAGAUGUCCAGUGCCAUGCCAGACACAAAAACUGUCAAGACAAGGCCAGACAAGGCAAUUUUAGUGAAAGAGACAGUUACAAAGGUCCCAAAGAAACACACUACAGCCAAGCCAACAGUAAAGCCAAGUCCCACCGCCUCCACAGAUAAAGUCCUGUCCCAUACCACAGGGAAAGACAACAUUAAGAUUGUUGGGCAACAAUCUGAAAGCAUGAAACUUCAAGAACAAACAAAGGGUAAAACAACAGUCAUAAAGAUGGGUUCAGACAAUCAAGCACAAACUGAUUUAAGUGACAAGAGCCAUAAUGCUAAAGAUGAGCCUGCCUAUCAGAAUGUGACUCAAAGAUCUGUAAAGAAGAGUAAUGGAACUUCCAAAAUUCUGCAUAAUUUGUUUAAAGGGUCAAUGAAUGUAACUCGGUCCAAGACAAAGAUUACUACAAGAACUGCAGGAGAUCAAGGGGAAGAAAGCAAGACCAAUGCUGUCUCUGCUGAAAAAGACGAGAAGUUGUUUCAUGGCAAUGUAACAACAGUUCAAGCUGAGAAGAAGUCUGAUAAGCCUGAAAUUGAUGCAAGUGUUGAAUCCAAAGCUCAUAUGAAGCAUUUCAGUAAAACUAGCAGCAGAUUAUCUGUCAUUGGGUCAGUUGAGGUUCAUAACAUCACUUCUACUGGCUUCAUUAUGUCUUGGGAAGCACAUCGAGACAAGUUCAAGAACUUCACUGUCACAAGAAGGGAAAUCAAAGCAGGAAAUGAAGAUUCUGAGAAAAUUCAUGAAGCAAUAGAAAAUGUAACAGAUGCUGAAAGGCUGGGAUCAAACAGAACCUUGACUAAAAUACUCAGUAGCAAAUCUGAAGGAAACGCUAUGAAAAAGUUUUCACAAAUUCUAGCUGGUACAACUCGAUCAUAUCAUUUUAAAGGCCUUCAACCUCAAACUCAAUAUGCGAUUUCCUUGUUUGGCUCUGGUCCUGGCAUGCGAUCCAAGAUUCACCGCAUUACAUUAUCCACAGGCCCUGAGCCGCCCACUGACCUGGUGUUCAGCAACAUAACAGAGACAUCCUUUUCACUGUCCUGGGCAAAACCUAAAAGCAUAGUGGCAGAAUUUAAAGUCAAAUACAUCAACACUGUGACUGGCGAGAGUGGCUCCAUGUCUGUUGACUCCCAGCUGUCCCAUGUUCUCCUGUCUAAGCUCACUGCUGGCACCACUUAUGACAUUACUGUGAGCUCAGUCCUGGAUAAACUCGAGAGUGAGCCAGUCAUAGCUUCUAUCACCACAGUGCCAGAUUCUCCUACUGAACUAAAAGUAGUGAACAUCACAGACACUAAAGCUUUGCUGGUAUGGAAACCGUCCAAAGCAAAGGUGGACAGCUAUAUCCUAAGUUAUGGGACUACAAAGUCUCCUAAUGUGACUAUUACAGUGACUUUAUCUGGCAGUUCUGUGGAGCACCAGCUUAGAGCACUUCAUAGAUCUUCUUUAUACAUGGUGAAAAUGACAAGUCAAGUCAACAGGCUCCAGAGUAGCUCAGUCUCCACAUCUUUCACAACAGGAAGUGGGGUGAAGCUUCAAGUAGUGACCCCUGAUGAGGUGACCUUUCACUCAGCUGUGAUUUCAUGGAAGGCUCCCCGUGUAGCUUUCAAAAGCUACAGGCUCACAUACCAGCUUAGCGAGGAAGUCAAGGAGCUGAUUUUAAAUCCAUCUGUGACUCAUUAUGAGCUGACUGGACUGGCGGCUUUCUCAAACUAUACUGUGAAAAUAGACGGAGAAAGAGAUGGGCAGUACAUCAGUUUUGUCUCUUCUGACUUUACAACCGCCCAGCUUCCACACCCAUAUCCCACAGACUGCUCAGAGGUGCAGAUCAAUGGGAUGAAGGAGUCAGGAGAGGCUGAGAUCUACCCUGAAGGGAAGAAUGGAGAGCCGGUCAGGGUGUACUGUGACAUGGAAACAGAUGGAGGUGCCUGGACAGUUUUCCAGAGAAGAAUGGAUGGAUCCACAGAUUUCUUUAGGAGCUGGAGAGACUAUAGUAAAGGCUUUGGUCUCUUAAGUGGAGAAUUCUGGCUGGGAAAUGAUGUGCUUCACACUCUCACCAGUCUUAAAGCAAUGAGCUUGCGGAUUGACCUGCGCUCAGGAAAUGACACAGCCUUUGCUCAAUAUAUAAACUUUAACAUUAGCUCAGAGGCUAAUCACUAUGCAAUUGACCUGUCUGGAUACUCUGGCACUGCUGGCGAUUCCAUGAAAUAUCACAAAGGCCGUCCAUUCUCUACCAAAGACAAAGACCCGGACACGCUCAGCAUCCACUGCGCUAAAGCCUACAUGGGAGGAUGGUGGUAUAAAAACUGCUACAAGGCGAAUCUCAACGGCCUCUACGCCUCUUAUUCAGACAACAAGGGUGUGGUGUGGAUUGACUGGAAAGGCAAAGACGCAUCCCUGCCAUUUACAGAAAUGAAGCUUCGACCUUCCAAUUUUAGUCAAACAACCUCAACAACUCCAACAGCCCAAAGUUAAACCUGCAAAGUGAAUAAUGCACAAUGUGCAAAUACACUGUACAAAUUUCUACACUGCUACUUCAUUGUAUAUAAGUUGACAACAUGCAUACAAUUCUUAUAUUACUUUGAUGUGUAGCUUUGCAAAUCACAUUCUUUAGUGUACAACACUUUGUUUCUUAGAAUUGUUAUGUAGACAUGCAUGUGUCAAUGUUCUGGUGUUCAAUUAUCUACCACAGAUCUUACCAUUUCUCCUACUGAAAUAACUGCACUGUUUUGGUCUGUUGUUGCUUUUUUUGGAUAAUUCAUGUUACUUCAAAUCUCUUUAUAUUACUAUCACCCCUGUCUAUAAAUUUGUUUUACUUUCCUUGUUUCAAGAUGUGUAGAGAAAAUGAAUAAAACAAUGUACUAACCAG